AUGGCAGAGGCUGCGGGGAGUCCCCUGCCCCAGCCUGCCGUGAGGAGGAAGAAAAGCAUAUCUAUCGAGGAAAAAAUCAGUAUCAUAAGCGCUGUGGAGAGCGGCAAGAAAAAGGCAGACAUCGCAGCCAAAUACGGCAUCAAGAAGAAUUCCUUGUCUGCCAUUAUGAAGAAUAAAGAAAAAGUUUUUGAAGCCUUCGAAUCUUUACGGUUUGAUCCUAAAAGAAAAAGGCUGAGGACUGCUUUUUAUAGCGACCUGGAGGAGGCGCUGAUGAAGUGGUACAGAAUCGCCCAGUGCUUGAACGUACCGGUGAACGGCCCGAUGUUGCGCCUCAAGGCCAAUGAUUUUGCCCAGCAGCUCGGACACAGUGGUUUCAAAUGCAGUAAUGGCUGGCUUGAUCGUUUCAAGUCCAGGUAUGGUUUGGUUUUUAGAGCUCAGCCUGUAGAAGCAGGUGCUACUACUGCAGUGGAUGCUCCAACUCUUUGGUACCAAAACGUUCUUCAUUGUUACUUAAAUGAUUAUAAGCCAAAAAAUGUGUUUUAUAUACAGGAGACUGGAUUGUUGUACCAGAUGUUGCCGCAUAACACGUUUGCGUUUAAAGGGGAAUCUUGUUCUGUAGGUAAACUAAGCAGAGAGAGAAUAACUGUAGUGGUGGGUACGAAUAUAGAUGGCUCCGAGAAACUUCGUUUGCUUGUUAUAGGAAAAAACAAAAGUCCACCCUGUUUCAAAGGUGUGAAGUCGCUCCCUGUGGAUUAUGAAGCAAAUGAUCCAGCAUGGAUGACUGUGGAAGUGUUUCAACAGUGGAUGCAUAAGCUUGAUGACAGAUUUCAAGCACAGCAACGACAAGUAGUUAUUCUUGUUGAUUCUCUCCCAGCUCACACAGAAGUAGAGAACCUGAAGUCUGUCAAGUUGGUGUUCUCUCCUGCAGAUGCUUCUUCAUGUAUAGCUACAAAACAAGGAGCUGUCAGAAGUCUGAAGGUUAAAUACAGGCGCUGUCUUAUCAAGAGAUUUGUUGACUGCGUAGAAGGUAAUAAAGAGUUUAUACUGACUCUUCUUGAUGCAGUUGAGAUGUUGCACCUGUGCUGGAGGAAAGUAGUACCAGGGACUAUUAUCAAAAGUUCUAACGAAGCAGGAUUCAAACUGGAAACCAAGGAAAAUGGUAAUGACACAGAGGUUGAAAGUGAUUUUGAUUUGAUUGCACAUGCUCAGGCAGCUGGAGUGGAGUUUCCAGAAGGUUUAUCUUUGGAGGAAUAUGCAGCUCUAGAUGAUGGCUUGGCAACUUGCGAAAUGCCCACAAAUAAUGAAGGGAUGCGUGUCAAAGAAAGCACAUCAGAUAAAGCUGGGACUUUUGUUGGUGAUGAAGAUGAGGAUGAAGGUGAUCGAUUUCAAGGAGCUCAACAGCCUUUACCAUCAAAAAAUGAUGCUUUGAAUGCUUUAGGUACCCUUAGAAAGUUUCUCAGAAGUCAAGACACGAAUGAAUCUCUUUAUGAUUCCUUAGCUGACUUGGAGAAUUUUAUUCAACAUGUAGCAUUGUAA